GCUGCAGAGCUGGGAGGAGACGCGGAGCCUCAUCCCGGAGAAGGGGCCGCCCGAGGAGGACCCAGACGUCGUCGUGAAAGGUUGGCUGUACGGAGAGCCUCGCGGAGGAGGGGCUCGGCCCUGGUUGCCCCCGCGCCGGGCCUGGUUCGUGCUCACCCGGGACUCUCUGGACCAAUUCAGUAGCAGCGGGAAGGGGGCGCGGCGCCUCAGGAGCCUCGUGCUCACCAGCUUGUGCUCGGUGACCGGCCCGGAGCGCCGUCCCAAGGAGACCGGUCUGUGGUCAGUCACCGUGUCUGGCCGGAAGCACAGCGUCCGGCUUUGCUCCCCGCGCCAGGCAGAGGCGGAACGCUGGGGUCUGGCGCUGCGAGAAGUGAUCGCCUCCAAGGCGCCCCUGGAGACCCCUACCCAGCUGCUGCUGAGGGACAUUCAGGAGAGUUGUGGGGACCCGGAAGCCGUGGCCCUUAUUUACCGACGGAAUCCAAUCCUGAGGCACACCAGUGGGGCCUUGUAUGCUCCACUCCUGCCCCUGCCCUACGGGGUCAGCGCCCCAG